UUCAUUUAUCUUCUUUGCCAAGACAAAACAAUUAAACAAUCCUUUGUAUAAAUAAUAACCGUGUCUCAACUUGUUGUGUUCACAUGUAACUUCUUUUCUUCUGUUCGUUGACUUAAGCUCUCUCUCUCUCUCUCUUCCCCUUUUUCUUCGGUCUUGAUGGAUGCUAUUCUGCAAGUACCCGUUGAUGGGUUCAGAUUCGACAACGGUUCUGGAUCUUGCUGCAAACCAAGGAACAAUCUUGACUCCGGAACCAGCGGCUUCACCAGUUUCAAAGAAUCUGAAUCUCAGAACCUUUCUUCUCCGACCGAAUCUACAGAAUCUCAGAACCAUUCUUCUCCAACCGAAUCUACGGUAUGUUCAACCAACUACCCUGUUUUGAAGUACAUCAAUGACAUGUUGAUGGAGGAAGAUAUUGAAGAACAGUCUUGUAUGUUGGAAGACAGUUUGGCUCUACAAGCCGCAGAGAGAUCUUUCUUUGAAGUGCUUCAGGAGGAUCAAAAUCCUCUUCAAGACGACUCUUCUCUUGAAAACUUGAGCCCAUUAACAAGAAGGUACCACCGUCUAAGAGAUGAAGAAGAAGAAGAUGAUCUUGAGGGUGGAAGGAAAUCAAAGCUCCCAGCAAUCUCUGUGGUGGAUGAGCUGGCUGAAAAGUUGGAGGAAGUGUUGUUGGUGUGUCAAAAGAAAGAUCAUGGAGAAGCAACACCGAACCAAACCGGACGAGCAAAGGGAUCUCUAAACCGAUCCAAGCCUCAGAAGUCAGAUCAGCCAGUGGAUAUGAGGAAUCUCCUGAUGCAGUGCGCGCAAGCAGUGGCUAGCUUUGACCAGAGCAGAGCUUUCGAGAAACUGAAGGAGAUAAGGGAACACUCUUCUAGCCACGGCGACGCAACUCAGAGGCUUGGUUACCACUUGGCAAAUGCGCUUGAAGCACGCAUCACGGGGACCAUGAAGACACCAGCGUUUGAUGUUUUGAGCAGAACAUCGAUGGUUGACAUUUUGAAGGCGUACAAGGAGUUUGUUCAGGCUUGCCCUACGUUAGCAAUGUGUUACUACACUGCAAACAGAAGUAUCUUUGAGCUUGCGUCCAAAGCAACCGCACUUCACAUCGUUGACUUCGGGAUCCUCUAUGGCUUCCAGUGGCCUUGUCUUAUACAAGCCCUUUCAGCACGUCCUGGCGGACCACCAAAGCUCCGUGUGACGGGCAUCGAGCUGCCUCAGCCAGGAUUCCGCCCAUCAGAGCGGGUAGAAGAGACUGGUCGGAGACUGAAGCGGUUCUGUGACAAGUUCAGUGUCCCUUUCGAGUACAACUUCAUAGCCAAAGCCUGGGACACCAUAACUCUUGAUGAGCUGGUGAUCAAUAGUGGAGAGACAACAGUUGUCAACUGCAUCCUCCGACUACAAUACACGCCUGAUGAAACCGUGUCCCUAAACUCUCCCAGAGACACGGCUCUGAAACUGUUUAGAGAUAUCAAUCCUGACCUCUUUGUGUUUGCAGAGAUUAACGGGACGUACAACUCGCCCUUCUUCCUAACAAGGUUUAGAGAAGCUAUGUUCCAUUGCUCCUCCCUUUUUGACAUGUUUGAGAGCAACAUAUCAGAAGAGAACGAUUGCAGGACCUUGGUGGAGCGGGAGCUAAUCAUAAAGGAUGCGAUGAGUGUGAUCGCCUGUGAAGGGGCUGAGCGGUUUGCGAGGCCAGAGACCUACAAGCAGUGGCAAGUUAGGAUCCUAAGAGCCGGGUUUAGGCCAGCGAAACUAAACAAACAGAUCAUGAAGGAAGGGAAGGAGUUAGUAAGAGAACGUUACCACAAAGAUUUCGUGAUCGACAACGAUAACCACUGGAUGUUUCAGGGAUGGAAAGGAAGAGUCCUCUAUGCUCUUUCCUGCUGGAAACCUGCUAAGAAGCAAUAAACUAUUUUAUUAGCUUCUUGUUUGAUAAUGUUUUGUAGAAACUGUUGGAUUUGGCUCUCUUUUAUAUCUAUGGAAUGCGUUUGUUCUUUCUUGCAAGUUUAUAUUUAAAUUUAAAACAUUUAAAUAGGAUCUCAAUACUUCCACUUUAAAA